AUGAACAUUUUUUUUUCAUUACGUGGCUAAAUGUCAUUUUUUCAUGUUUUGUUUUUGAAAAAUUCAUCAAGAUACUGAUUACAAUAUGAAUCGAAUUUAUAUCAUUUUCGGUUUAUCAUUAUUAUAUCAAACAACAUUGGCAUUAUAUUUUCAUAUUGGUGAAACGGAAAGAAAAUGUUUCAUUGAAGAAGUUCCCGAUGAAACUUUGGUUGUCGGAAAUUAUAAAUGUCAAUUAUUCGAUCCGAAUACUGGUGGUUUUAUGCCUUCUAGUCCCGGUAUUGGAAUGCAUGUAGAGGUUCGUGGACCUGAAGAUAAUAUCAUUUUGUCGAAAGCAUAUUCAUCCGAAGGCCGUUUUUCAUUCACAUCACAUUCACCUGGUGAACAUGUUAUUUGUUUGUAUUCAAAUUCAACACGUUGGUUUGCUGGUGGCCAGCUUCGUGUACAUUUAGAUAUACAAGUUGGUGAACAUGCAAUCGAUUAUCAGAAUAUUGCUCAUCAAGAAAAAUUAAGUGAAUUACAAUUAAGGAUACGACAAUUAUUGGAUCAAGUUGAACAGAUUACUAAAGAACAAAAUUAUCAGAGAUAUCGUGAAGAACGAUUUCGUGCUACUAGCGAAAGUACAUAUGCAAGAGUAUUAUGGUGGUCAUUAUUCCAGACUGUAAUCCUGUUGGGCAUGGGAAUCUGGCAGAUGAGACAUUUGAAAAGCUUUUUCGAGGCUAAAAAACUGGUAUAGAGAUUGAUUUUUUUUAUACAAUUAUCAUGGAUUUUGAGUAUUGAUGGAUAGUAAAAAAAUGAUGAAUUUUUUUUGUCAAAGUGAAA